AUGGAGAAGCUGGUUGUUUGUCCAUACAAAAGGCCAAAUGCUCUCUGUAGGCUGAUUUGCUUUCCAUGGGCUGGAGGUGGAACUUCUCAACUUGCUCAAUGGGGCAAACUCUUCAGCAAUUCAAUUGAAGUAUCCUCUGUAAGGCUUGCUGGAAGAGAAUCUCGUCUUAAGGAGCCUUUUGCAAAAGACAUGACAACCAUAGUUAAUGAAAUUACAAGUGUUUUGUUAAAAGAAUUGCAGGAAAAACCAUUUGCAUUUUUUGGUCACAGUUUUGGAUCUUACAUUAGUUUUGCAGUUGCACUACACUUGAAAGAGAAGUAUGGACUAGAGCCAAUCCAUCUUUUUGUCUCAGGGGCACAUGCCCCACAAUCAGAAGAAUUGCUUCCCAUCAAAAGCAUACCCAUAUCUGAUACAGAAGAUGAAGACAUUCUUACAUAUAUACAGAUUUUAGGAGGAACUCCUUCUGAGCUUCUGCAAAAUGAAGACAUUAAGGAACAUCUGCUACUUACUUUCAGAGAAGACGUUAGAGUUCUUCAGACAUUUUCUUUCGAGAAUGCAGAAAGGAAUGUCCCCUUCUCUUGUGAUAUUACCUGCUUUAAUGGGUCUGAAGAUAAACCACAUGAUUUAGAAGCCUGGCAUGAUCUAACAAGUGGAGAUACUUCCUUUUACAAGCUUCCUGGAGGUCACUUUUAUCUGCUGGAACCCUCUAAUGAAAUUUUCUUGAUAAAACACAUAACAAGAUGUAUAGAAAAUGCUGGUCUAUGA